GAAUGAGGCGACAAGACGAUCCCAAUUAGAUAACGACUGUGAACUGCAUCUCCCGAUCGUGUGAAAAAGUCGGCUUGAUCACAAGAAAACGUAAACAACUUCCCGUGCUCUUGCUUUGUUCGAAGCGCUACUUCGGCUACGUCAUUCGUCACGGGGGCCGGGCUCCUUGUAAUCAGACUUCCUAAAACAUUAAACUACUUCUCCUGAACUAUAAACCCCUCCACGAACCGCACCAAGAUCCAAUUCAGACCACACACUUCGCAAUGGCAACCAAUGCGCCUACCUUGAUCAACCUGCCACCUCCGCCGUCCGGCGAAGACACGCCUGGUGAUGCUCCAGGCACCCCAAACUCGGUCACGACGACCAUGUCUGAGCUCUCCACUGUUGCCAUCAAAGACGGACAUCGUGGCCACUUUCCCCACCACCGGAAUCCUGCUGAAGCUGAACGUGCCGACCGCAUCUCGCGCCUAGCGGGUCUGGAGCGCGUUGCAGUCUCGGGUCGCAAUCCUCAAGGACUCAACCCAGGGAGCGCAGCCAACCCUCCUCCAGGUUACUUUGAUGCAAACAACCAGCCGCAACUCUUCCGUGAGCGCAGCACUGUUGGUAGUGCCAGCGCGACUGGCUCCGUUGGCGGUCGCACAACGUGGGCAAGCGGCAGCGAUGUCUACGAGCCCGAUCGCAUGAGUGAGGACCAGGACAUGGACACAUCAAGCAUGGGGGGCUUCAGUGACGAAGCUGCUUCCCUUGUUGGUUUUGGUGAGGGUGCGCGAACACCAGCUCGACAGCAUAGCCAACUCGGUAGCCCUGCUGUCGGAAAGGCAAGCGCUCUGCCAGGUUACUUGCGAGAACAAACCCCGACUAGUCCCAUGUCAGGCGUCAGUGUACCUGUCAGCUCAGGAUCGACACAGACCAUGUCCAGCAUCGAGCAGCAGAAGAAAGAGGCACGCAUGAUGAAUGGCAUGACGUACGAUGACAACGUCGUCGACACGACUAGCCAUGCGCCUCCUGCCAGUGGCCGCGACGGAGACUCAACUUCAGGAGACGCCAUUCGCGAGCACAUGGCACAGCGUCAAGCUGACCAGGAUGCUGGUAUGAACUAUGAGCAGCAGAAGGACGCUUAGGGAAAUGCUUUUUGUUUCACUCGAGUCAUGCUUUGAGGCGGGCGUUGGGCAAAACUGUUAAGUUCGUGCAUGUCUGUCUGUCUACUGUUGACAAUUGGUCACGA